AUGUUCCUGGACUCUGGGAGGCUGGUCCCGGGCGGCCGGAAGGACCGGAUGUUCGCGUCGCUGAGCAACCUCGCGGAGCUAAAGUCGGCGGCGGCGGCCGCGGCGGCCAUGGACGACUACGGCUACGAGUUCGACCACCUGGACGUGGCUGGCCAGUACGGCGACGACGCCACGGAGCACGGCAUGAAGCGCAAGAUGAAGCAGAGGCGGUCGAUCCUGCGCAAGUUCGGGGAUCUCUUCAGGAGGAGGAGCCUCUACAAGCCCAACCUCGCGCCGGUGCUGCAUAACCACUACUAG